AUGGCGACUAGUUUGGCCAACGCAAACCCAGCUCGGAAUGAAUUCUUCCAACAGCUCAAGCCAAGCUGUGUCUCCAUAAGUCAGCUAGCGAUCAGGCAGCAAGGUGAAGCAUCCUCGAUUAAACGGCUCUCCGAGUUGGCUGGGGAAUUACUUGGUAUCCUCAACGAUCAAGUAAACAAAGAUGCCACCGUAUUUGACGAGAAGCUUGCCGACUACGUCUUCUUUCCGCUCUCCCAUGUCUUUCGCAGCCAUGAUCAAUAUCCCAAACCCCUCAUUGAGGUCGCCAUCAAGUGUCUCACCAUCAUCAUCAUUCAUGGUUGGAAGUCGAACAUCUCGCCUCAGAUCCUGCAGCAGCUCCUCAUCCUACUUACUUUCAUCGUUGGUGGUGUGCCUGGGCGAGAGGAAUCCCGUGAUCUGCCUGAGGAAACCGAACUCGAGUCACUGAGGGCCCUGACAGCCCUCAUCACUGUGGCUGGUACUUCAGCCAAAGCAGCAGAGGCGCUGACCGAAGAGAAGCUGAUUCCGACAUUGGGACACACCAUAACUGUACUUUUAGAGUGUGUCACAGAUGGCAGGACACCUGAAAUCCAGCUCGAAGCUCUGCGCACACUCGGCUGCUUCUACACGGGCGUCAAAGAUCACGCUGCGCUCGCCUCGUUCCUCCCGGGUAUCGUAUCUUCCCUAACAAAGCUCCUGGCCAAACCGCCAAGAGAGAAGAACAGGGUUCUCGUUGGUUCUAUAGGGUCAAUGAAACAGGUCGUUGUGCAAGUUCUCGGAGAUAUCAGGACUCGAAGCAUUACCGCAAGGCCGACUGCCAACGGCUCUUCCAAUACCGACCAGGGUGGGGUAUUGAGUCCGGCAUGGCUAACCGCCACAAAAGCACAAAUCAAGUUGGCUUUAGCAACUAUAUUAAAGCUCCGCGCACAUGAUUCACAAGACGUGCGCGAAGCUCUGCUGACGUUAUGCCUGGGGCUUCUCGACGAGUGUCAUAUCUCGCUGGAUAACUGCUCUUCGAUUCUCGUAGAGACCGCCAUGAUUCUGUCGCCAGCCGACCAGACGCCAUCCGUAGUAGCAACAAGCCUGCAGGACUUGGCAAUAAUCUACCCCGAGCUUGGGGAAACCGUCAAAGUCACUUGCUACAACUGGAUCACCAGCUUGCCCAGAAUCAUCCAGUCUGCCGACGAGGGUAAAAAAGAGGCGGCGGUUCGAAAUCUGAUGAGGGGCAUGUCUCUUGUCAGCAGUCUCCAACUGGACUCUUCACUUUUGGACGAGUCCAUAGCAGCGGCUUUACGGGACAGCGUCACUUCUUUGGUGACGGAAGCCAAGCCAGAGAAAGUGUUAGACCAAACGGCAACGGAUGCCUCAUGGUACAACCAAGAUGUAGUGAAAGCUGGGGAUACGUCAAGACAGUAUCAAAGCGUCCUAUUGAACCAAGAGAGUCAGUUAGGCACAAGAUUGGCGGUGCUCGAGUUGCUAUCCAACGUGGGCCCGGCUUCCCAACAGACCAAGCUCGCCGCCGAGAUGUUGGAUUACGCCAGAGAUUCGACUGGCGGUAUUCAGACGUCGUCCUUCUGGUUGAGCUUUGAACUUGUCAAGAGCGCUCUGUCUCGAUCCAGCGACCUAGAUGACCUCUUGGACCUCACCUCACUAAGCUCUCCCAGUGAUGGUGCCGACUUGAUCUUCCAGGAAUUAUACUCAUUCGCAGUGGUGCUGCUUGAUUCUCACUCAGAAAUGUCGGAUGUCGACUGGAGACUAGAGGCUACAGCGCUCGAGGUCACCUCCUUUGCAGCCUCUCGAUCUCGCGAGGCAUUCAGACCGGAACUCAUCGAUGUGCUGUACCCAAUCACGACUUUUUUGGGUUCUUCAAUCCCACAACUGAGGGAGCAUGCCAUUACGACUCUGAAUAUCUUGGCCGUUUCCUGUGGGUAUACCAGUGUCUCUGAGCUAAUCAUCGAGAACGUGGACUACAUGAUCAAUUCCAUUUCACUGCGCCUCAAUACCUUCGACAUCUCUCCAGCAUCCACAAAGGUGUUGAUCAUGAUGACUCGACUGACCGGACCGCGACUGCUUCCUUACCUGGACGAUGUCGUGGCUUCCGUAUUUGCGGCCUUGGACAACUAUCACGGCUAUCCCGCUUUUGUGGAAAGUCUCUUCUCGGUCCUGAAGGAAAUUGUCAAUCAGGGUGUCAAAUCGGACACACUUCUCCUCGAGGGCCGAAAGAACGGGCCCGAGAGUCACAAAAAGGUAGAAAGUGACCGGGUGUUAAUCGAGGACAUUGUUCAGUUACUGGAGAAGCGUCGCGAGAGAGAGACUGCAGCCUCAGCUGUCGAUACUACUCUCGGAAACGCUGGCGGACAUCCCCAAGCCCCAUGGGGCGACGGCAACGGCAAGGCUAAACAAGAUUCCGAGGACGGUGAAGAUGCAGCAGGUAAUGAAGACGACCAGGAGAGACCGCCGAAGACGCCGACGUAUACCCUGCUAGAACGAAUUGCGGGUUUGACACAGCAUUAUCUUACAUCGCCGAGCGCCACGCUGCGGAAAUCCUUACUCGAUCUGUUGGCUACUGUCUCUCCAGCUCUGUCAGGGGACGAGGACUCUUUUCUUCCCCUUGUCAAUGCUGUCUGGCCUGUGGUCGUCAGCAGGCUAUACGACGGUGAGGCCUUUGUUACUAUCUCAGCAUGCGAUGCUCUCUCCAUUCUUUGUACCACAGCCGGCGACUUUUUGGGCUCCAGGAUCAAGACAGAAUGGUGGGAUGGGCUUGGCAAGUGGUGUCGCAGAAAGAAGGUGGAGGCCGCUCGCUUUCGGAGCAAAGGGAGUUCACCUCGAGAAAGUGCCAGGCCAGACCAGAUGAUAGCAUCUGCGAGUCAGGAGGUUCUGAUUCCCAUUCGAUCAGGAGGGGACCUGCUAGCGCAUCAGUCUACAGCGAUAACCUCUGGCUCGACCUUUGGCGGCCUGGGAAAAUUCGCCCAAGCCGCACAGAUAUGGGACGCCGUGGUUCGUCUGCUGAUAUCUAUUGUCUCGCAUGUUCGACUCGAGGCAGAGGUAUUCGACGAGUUCUUAGAGCUCCUAACCGAAGUGAUUAUUCAGGACCUCGAGGCACGCCAGGCUUUGGAAGCGGUAAAUGCCGAUGCCGUUUGGCUGGUGUUGUAUCAACAAGGGCAUAUCGAACCCCUGAAGACACCGCAACUCGAGGGCUUCGCAUUUGCGCCAAUGACCGGGCUGAGCUGA